AUGCCCAGUAGCAACUUUGAAAAGUCCGUCAAGGGCGCGACAAAACAGAAGCUUGCGGCGCCCAAGUCGAAGUACAUCGAGCAUAUCCUCACCGCCACGUACAGCGAUGCUGGAGUAGCGGAAAUCUUUCGAGCCUUAUCCCUCCGCCUGCGGGACUCGGCGUGGACCAUCGUCUUCAAAGCUCUUAUCGUGAUACAUAUGAUGAUACGGGAAGGGUCGCCUGGCGCAGCGCUAAAAUAUCUUUCGCAGCAUCCGCGAAACAUUGCUAUCACUAGUGUUUCUGAUGCACAAAUCCAAGGCGGCAAUAUUUGGCGAUACUCCGAAUACCUCAUCGCACGCUCCUUAGCCUUCUCGGAUACGAAAACCGACUACGUUCGCAAUGGCCAAGGGAAACUGAAGAAAUUAACGGUAGAGAAGGGGCUGUUGAGAGAGACGGAAAUCGUCCAAAAGCAGAUAAGAGCGCUUUUAAAAUGCGACCUCUUGAGCGACGAACCGGAGAAUGAAAUAUCUCUAACAGCAUUCCGCUUGAUUACCCUCGAUUUAUUGACCUUAUAUUCCGUUAUGAACGAGGGGACGAUCAACGUGCUAGUCAAGUUUUUGCGGAUGGCCAGGCAAUUCGAAAGCGCAACCCGUCUCGAAAUCCCCAACUUGAAACAUGCCUCGACUGACCUUACAAAACUGUUGGAAGAUGACUUGAACGAUCCAGAUUUCGCAACUAGGCGUAAAGAAUACCGUGCUCAGAAGUAUGGCACGAAAGAAAGUCAAGGCGAUCAGAAAAAGGCUACUCCGAGCCAACCUGCCAGAGCGCAACUAGCCAUGCCAAACACACUACCUCAGCAAGCUAAAGCGCCUGCGCCCGAUUUAAUUGAUUUUUUCGAUUCUAUAGAUCAGCCAGUGAAUCAGCAAGCCCCAGGGCCGCAAUUUAACACGCAAAACCAGCAAAUGCAGCUAUUUCAAACACCUGGUUUUCCCCAGCAGCAAAUGGCGUUUGCUCCACAGCAACCAGGCCUUCAGCAAACUGCGACUACGGGAUACGGAUUUCAGCAACAGGCUCCGUCCAUCAAUCCGGUAGCGCAGGAUAGCAAUCCAUUUGCCCAAUUUGCAGCUCAGCCUCAGCAACAGCAACAGCCACAACAAAUCCAGCCAAACCAUACUGGUGCUGGCUUUGGAGGAUACACUCCACAGCUCCAGCCACAAGCUCCAGCUCAAUCUCAUCCUAACAACUUUCAGCCGAUGUUAUCAAGCAUCCCUCAGAACGGAGUCCCUUCGUUUCAGCAACCGCUGCAGACCGGCUCACCACGACCAAAUAACCCCUUCAGACAAUCAAUGCUCAUCGCUAACAAUUCUCCUUCCUCCACCUCGUCACCCAUCAAUCCGAAUUCCCCACCUGCUGCUUCUCCUUUAGUUCGUCAACCCACGAACCCUUUUGCCAAACAUCGCCUCUCCCAAAUGCCCUUCCAAGGCGGAGAAAUUUCGCGACCAUCCACCUCACCAGGCUUGCAGUCCUCAGAUCAAUCCCAGCUACAACCGCUACGGCCCCAGCGAACGGGGACCAAUCCAUUUGCCAGGAACACACCAUCACCAAAUCAAGGUCUACAGGUCCCUCCUGCGGCUCCAUUACGGCCUAACCCAACUGGAAGCACCAACCCGUUCCGCCAGAGCGCAUUUAUCAACCAGCAAACAGGCCAAGCAUGGCAGACCAGUGCAUCGCAGGGGACAAUGGGUGGUCUUGAGAAUCUCCAAACGAUCCCUAUUUUCCCAAGGCCAGGCCAGACGACCUAG